CAUACAUUGUUUAUCUCACACCAUAUCCUGCUGAAAGGAAGAAGGUUUCUACAGAUUGCUGGUUGUAUUGUUACAAAGAAAAUACAUGCAACAAUAUUGUCAGAACGACGUUGUAUCAUUUGCCAAGACUUCCGUUUAGUGACAUUUGAAGAAGGAUAGGUCCGUUACAGGGAAACAUUGCCCGAGACAAUUAUGAGGCUUGCAACGUGGACGUUAGCCACAGCGUGGAUGUCCUUGUUGUGCAUUACCUCUACUACAUCACAGGGUACAAAGGGUUGCUCAGGGGCAUACACAGCUUACGUUGUCGUAGAUGGAUCGGAGAGUAUCAGUAAUUCAGGUUUUGAGGAAGUUAGGAAUGCGUUGAUUACGUUUGCUGAUCAAAGUAUCAGAAGCAACAGCCUUACCAAAGUUGGCGUCGUGCUAUACAGCGAUGAUGUGACAGCUGUUAUCACCGCAUCCUCUGACAUCAACUCACUAGUGAAUGCAAUACGUAUGCUUGCUCAUCCGAACUCAGGAACAUUCACUCAUCUUGGUAUAUGGAGAGCAAAGGGUCUUUUAGACGCGGACACGUCUGGUAACAAUCACAUCAUGAUUGUGAUGACCGACGGUUUGUCAAACUUUCCAGCAGAUACUAAAGCUGCUGCUGCAGAAACGAAGAACGCUGGGAUAAGAGUGAUUGCUGUUGGUGUAAAUCCUUUGCUUAACUUCCCAUCAUCACCAUACAAGAGACGUUAUGAGCAGGAGUUAGUGGAUAUUGCCUCGGAUAAUGCGACAGCAAUUCAAAUCGAAGACUUCAGCAGUUUAGUCACAACAGUCCAAGACAUUGUCCAAAGCUUGUGCCGUCGUGACAUUGGUUGCUCUGGGGCAUACACAGCUUACGUUGUCGUAGAUGGAUCGGAGAGUAUCAGUAAUUCCAGUUUUGAGGAAGUUAGGAAUGCGUUGAUUACGUUUGCUGAUCAAAGUAUCAGAAGCAACAGCCUUACCAAAGUUGGCGUCGUGCUAUACAGCGAUGAUGUGACAGCUGUUAUCACCGCAUCCUCUGACAUCAACUCACUAGUGAAUGCAAUACGUAUGCUUGCUCAUCCGAACUCAGGAACAUUCACUCAUCUUGGUAUAAGGAGAGCAAAGGGUCUUUUAGACGCGGACACGUCUGGUAACAAUCACAUCAUGAUUGUGAUGACCGACGGUUUGUCAAACUUUCCAGCAGAUACUAAAGCUGCUGCUGCAGAGACGAAGAACGCUGGGAUAAGAGUGAUUGCUGUUGGUGUAAAUCCUUUGCUGAACUUCCCAUCAUCACCAUACAAGAGCCGUUAUGAGCAGGAGUUAGUGGAUAUUGCCUCGGAUAAUGCGACAGCAAUUCAAAUCGAAGACUUCAGCAAUUUAGUCGUCACUGUCGAAAACAUUGUCCAAAGCUUGUGCCGUGACAUUGGCAAGUCUUUUAAACUUUAAUGGAAUUGAUCAAUUUAUUCACACGAUUUGUACUUUUUAUACUGUUGUGCAUUUCCAUACAGGUUGGAUCACGUGUUGUUUGAGGUCUCGAUUCAGUUGACAUGUUAAUGUCGCGUUUGUUUCAGCUUCUAUUACACAUUCCCAGGGAGAUUUAAUAAAUGAGUAGGCGUUA